CAUCCCUUGACUCGAGUCUUCUCCCCUUUGAACUACCCUCCACUCUCUGAGCUUAACUUCUCACUUUGUUCUUCCUUCCUCUCCGGAAAAUCUUUUUCUCUCUGCCCAUUCCCUCUCUUUUCACAACCAAACUCUUGGCUUUUUGCCAGUUUUCUUUUUCCCCAAAGCCAUCCCCUUCACACACCCUUAAAUUAAGUUUAAUGGCAUCGAGUUACCUUCCUUGUCAAGGUUCUGGCUCUUCCUGGACGCUCAAGCAAAACAAGCUGUUUGAGAGGGCACUGGCUGUGUAUGACAGGGACACCCCUGACCGCUGGCAAAACGUGGCGCGGGCUGUGGGUGGUAAAUCCGCUGAAGAGGUAAAGAGGCACUAUGAUUGUUUGGUGGCGGAUCUCAUGUACAUAGAAUCGGGUCAAGCUCCACUUCCCAAUUACAGGAACCCUGUGAACAAUGGUGGCAGAGGUUAUCCGGACGAACAGAGGGCUUUUGAAGAAUCUGAAGCUCCAAUGAGGAACAAGUUUCAGAUACUUUGCAAGGAGAUAUUGUAAAGAUUUCAGUAAGGCAGCAGAUAUCUGCACAAGUAGCUAGCUAAACAAAUGAAGCGAGAAAAGAUUCCCCCUGGCUUCUGUUUCUGUUUCUUCUUCUUCUUCUUCUUCCACCUGACUUCCUCAACCCCUUCUGUCCUAAGUUACUAAUAAUGAGCCCAAAAGACAAGGAACCAAGUGUACCUGUGCCUUUCUUUGUGCUUUUAUCUACUGUAAUAUGGUGUUUGCCUCUUCCAAUUCUAUCGAAACUAUCAAAUGUUGGUCUUCUAA